AUGGCCUCCCGCAUGUUGAUGAGGAUGACCUCUCGCGUGAAACCUAGCAUGCCGUGUGUUACUGCCGAUCUUGCCGCGGAUGACUUCUGGCAUAUUGUGCUAGCUGGCCUCCCGCAUGUUACGGACGGCCUCCUGCAUGUUGCUAAGCGGUGGCCGCCUCAUCCUGAUCAGGAUGAACUCGCCAAUAAUGGCCUUAAGAAGAGAAUAUUCGAUCAUGCUAGCCUCGCUUCACCGACUGAAGACGAUCCGCCGGCGGAACGCUGCGCGAGUGACAAACACAACGAUUUUGACUAUAUACAAGAUGCGGCAGAUCAUUCAAGAAUGUGCGACCCUGCAAAUUGCGAGAACUCUCUCUGCAAGUCCAACGGAAGACUUGAAAAGAAAGGUUCCGUUCCAGGGAGUAGGGCGGUGAUUGAGGGAGGCCCAAAGACCGAGCUCGACGGUAUUAGCCGUCUGACCUAUGGAAGCAAAGAACACAGAGACGAGGACGAGACAAAGCUCGCUGUGAAGCUUGAGAAGAUGCGAGGUGCUGUCAAAACUCUGCUAGAGUGCGUCGGCGAGGACGUUGAUCGUGAGGGCCUGCUGGACACACCUUCACGUUACGCCAAGGCUCUGCUGUUCAUGACCAAGGGCUAUCAAGACGAUGUGCAGGAUGCUGCUAACAACGCCCUCUUCCCCGAGGGUCACGACGGGAUCGUCAUUGUCAAAGACAUCGAUAUCUCCAGUCUCUGCGAGCAUCACCUCAUGCACAUCGGCUAUGUCCCUUCUGGCACUGUCAUCGGCCUUUCAAAGCUCCCCCGAAUUGCUGAAAUAUUCUGCCGUCGUCUGCAGAUCCAGGAGCGGCUGACCAAGGAGGUCGCCACGGCUAUCAUGGAUAUACUGGCGCCACGGGGCGUAGCAGUUGUCAUGGAGUGCAGACAUAUGUGCAUGGUGAUGCGGGGCGUUGAGAAGACCGGAGCCAAGACCUUGACAAGCUGCCUGAUAGGAUGCUUUGAGCAGGAUAGCGAGAGGCGAAACCAAUUUUUUAAUCUUGUCGGAACAGUGCAAAAUGCCGUGGUGAUCAUCCGGCUCCUCCGCUGA